CGAGGAGUCGUCGCCUUUCGGGUUGGUUCAUGAACCUCUCCGUGUUAUGUCUGGUAAUGGGUCAAGAUCAGAGUCUGUCAGUGGACUAACUAUGAAAUCACAACUUCAGGUUACUGUUAUUUCUGCAAAGUUGAAAGACAACAAAAACAAAUGGUUUGGACCUAGUCCUUAUGUGGAAGUAUCAGUAGAUGGACAGUCAAAAAAGACAGAAAAAUGCAACAAUACAAAUAGUCCAAAAUGGAAACAACAUAUUACAGUAAUUGUUACUCCAUUCAGCAAACUAAAUUUUCGUGUAUGGAGUCACCAAACGUUAAAGUCUGAUGUCUUAUUGGGAAGUGCCGCUCUAGAUGUUCAUGAGACGCUCAAAGCAAACAAUAUGAAGCUUGAAGAAGUGGUCGUGAACUUGCUGCUUGUUGGUGACAAAGAACCAGUUGAAGUGAUUGGAGACUUGUCUGUUUGUUUAGAUGGCAUGCAAGUAGAUCCUGAGCUGCUAACUAAUGGGGAUGCUCCAAGUGUAAGAAGUCCCACACAGAAUGAUGGCUCCAAAGCAAAAAAUGAAACAAGGAAUAACACACACAGUUCUGAAAACACUGAGGCUUCUGGGUCUAAUGAAAGCAGGGUAGCUAAUGGCAGUGAUUGUCCAUUAGUUGCAAAUGGAGGUUUUAAGCCUUCUAGACCCCCCAGACCUUCUCGACCACCUCCACCCACUCCACGAAGGCCCUCUGCUCCACCUGCAUGUACCAAUGGCCCAUCAUCUGCGUCCACAGAACCAGAAGGGGCCAGUACAGGAUUGGUGCCAACCUCAACUGCAAGUGCUGGACCAGAACAAAACUUUGAAGGGGCAACAUCAGGAGCAGCUGUACCCACGUCAGCUGCUUUGACCACACCGCCAAUAUCCAGACAAGUUCAGCCAGUAACUCCUACAUCUCAGCCACAUCAUGCAGUCACUCAAGGUCCUCUUCCGCCUGGUUGGGAGCAAAGAGUGGACCAGCAUGGCCGAGUGUAUUAUGUAGAUCAUGUUGAAAAAAGAACUACGUGGGACAGGCCAGAGCCUCUUCCUCCAGGCUGGGAACGCAGAGUUGACAACAUGGGAAGGAUUUAUUACGUUGAUCACUUUACCAGAACGACAACCUGGCAGCGGCCAACUUUGGAAUCUGUGCGAAAUUAUGAACAAUGGCAGCUUCAACGCAGCCAACUUCAAGGAGCUAUGCAACAGUUUAAUCAAAGAUUCAUAUAUGGGAAUCAAGAUUUCACACAGAACAAAGAAUUUGAUCCUCUUGGUCCCCUGCCACAUGGAUGGGAAAAGAGAACAGACUGCAAUGGCAGGGUGUAUUUCGUAAACCAUAAUACUCGCAUCACACAGUGGGAAGAUCCUAGAAAUCAAGGUCAGUUGAAUGAAAAACCUUUACCAGAGGGCUGGGAGAUGAGAUUCACUGUGGAUGGAAUUCCAUAUUUUGUUGAUCACAAUAGAAGAACAACAACAUAUAUAGAUCCUCGUACUGGAAAGUCUGCUCUAGACAAUGGACCUCAGAUAGCCUAUGUUCGUGAUUUCAAAGCAAAAGUCCAGUAUUUCCGGUUUUGGUGUCAGCAAUUGGCUAUGCCCCAGCACAUCAAAAUCACAGUGAGCAGAAAGACAUUGUUUGAAGACUCCUUUCAACAGAUAAUGAGUCUCAGCCCUCAGGAUUUACGAAGACGCUUGUGGGUCAUUUUCCCUGGAGAAGAAGGAUUAGAUUAUGGUGGUGUUGCAAGGGAAUGGUUCUUUCUGUUGUCGCAUGAAGUGCUGAAUCCAAUGUAUUGCCUGUUUGAAUAUGCAGGGAAGGAUAACUACUGCCUACAGAUAAAUCCCGCUUCCUACAUCAAUCCAGACCACCUGAAAUACUUCCGCUUUAUUGGCAGAUUUAUUGCCAUGGCAUUGUUCCAUGGGAAAUUUAUAGACACAGGUUUUUCUCUACCAUUCUACAAACGUAUCCUCAAUAAGCCAGUGGGACUGAAAGAUUUAGAAUCCAUAGAUCCAGAGUUUUACAACUCGCUCAUCUGGGUAAAGGAAAACAAUAUUGAGGAAUGUGGCCUGGAAAUGUAUUUCUCAGUGGAUAAAGAAAUUCUAGGUGAAAUUAAGAGCCACGAUUUGAAGCCCAAUGGCAGUAAUCUCUUGGUUACUGAGGAGAACAAAGAAGAAUAUAUUAGGCUCGUAGCAGAAUGGAGACUUUCCCGAGGUGUCGAAGAACAGACCCAAGCUUUCUUUGAAGGCUUCAAUGAGAUUUUACCACAGACGUACUUGCAAUACUUUGAUGCCAAGGAACUAGAGGUGCUUUUGUGUGGCAUGCAGGAGAUUGACUUAACUGACUGGCAAAGGCAUGCCAUCUAUCGGCAUUACACCAGAACAAGCAAGCAAAUUGUGUGGUUUUGGCAGUUUGUGAAGGAAAUAGAUAAUGAGAAGAGAAUGAGACUGCUACAGUUUGUUGCUGGAACAUGCCGAUUACCAGUUGGAGGAUUUGCUGAUCUUAUGGGGAGUAAUGGACCGCAAAAGUUUUGUAUUGAAAAAGUUGGUAAAGAAAACUGGUUACCUAGAAGCCAUACUUGUUUCAACCGCUUGGACUUGCCACCAUACAAGAGUUACGAACAACUGAAGGAAAAGCUUUUGUUUGCCAUUGAAGAGACAGAAGGAUUUGGACAAGAGUAACCAUUGGUGGGAUUUGCACCCAAAGAACAUGAAUUCAUAUAUGGUGUGCAUUCUUCUCUGCCUCUGCUUGUUGCACAUCUUACUGUAAAGAAGACUUGACCUUAAUUUUAUUUAAUAAUUGCUAGUGUGUAAGUAAAUGGAUGUUACCCUGCAAUGUUAUGCCCACUAAUUAAUGAUUUCUGCUUAGUCAGUUGGGAAAUCCAAAAUGAUACAUCUGUUU